CUACGAUGAUAUCGAUGGAAUGCCAUGGAUUUAUCUGUUUGAAAACACGAUGUUCGACUUCGAUGGCUUCGUCUCCUUCCGCUUCCUUCACAUGAAUGGCAGGUGCUUUAUUUCUUCUCUUAGAUUUUGUUCAAUGAUAUUUGUUUCUAUCUGUGAACUUUGAACGCCAAGAAGCCCUAAUCAAAAUGGCAAUUUCGUUUUCUAAUAAGCUCUUCACUCGACCGCCUCUCUUUUCCACGAAACUUGAGCCCGCUACAGAUUAUAAGCGCAGCAGCUCUGUAAUCAAAUGCAAAAAGCAUGAAUUUAGAGAGCGAAACCUUACGAAUCUGCAAAGUGUUAAGGUUUCUACUGAAAAUAGAAAUGCCCUAAUACAGUUACAUGAUUCCAAAGAAAUUGAUAUUAGGAGAAGGCUAAAUAGGUAUUGUGGAGCAGGGAAGUAUGACGAAACUCUGUAUCUUCUUCAGUAUAUGGUGAAGAUUGGGUACAAACCAGAUGUGGUUCUGUGUACCAAACUCAUUAAGGGGCUUUUUAGUGUAAAAAAAGCAGAAAAAGCAGUGAAAGUGAUGCAGCUUCUGGAGCAAUUUGGAGAGCCAAAUGUGCACGCAUAUACUGCUUUAAUCGGUGGAUUCUGUAAAAUGAACAGGGUUGAGGCAGCUAAUGGGGUGUUGAAUAGGAUGAGAAGCCGAGGUUUUUUCCCUGAUGUUGUUACCUAUAAUAUAACGAUAGGAAGUAUUUGUGAUAGGGGAAAGCUAGGAUUAGCUUUGAAGGUUUUGGAUCAGAUGAAGGAAGACAACAAUUGUAAACCAGAUGUUGUGACAUACACGGUCUUGAUAGAGGCUACAAUCGUUAAAGAGGGGAUUAGCGAAGCAAUUAAGCUUGUAGAUGAGAUGUUAUCUAGAGGACUUCAACCAAAUAUAUACACUUAUAAUGCAAUCCUUAAAGGUUUGUGUAGAGAGCGCAUGGUGGAUCGAGCCUAUGAGUUCGUUAGGAGUUUGCCAGCCAGGGGGUGCAAACCGGAUGUAUUUUCUUAUAAUAUUUUGUUGAGGGCAUUGUUGGACAGGAGGAAUUGGGAUGACGGGGAGAAGCUAUUAAAAGAGAUGUCAUCCAUGGGUUGCGAGCCACAUACAUUUACCUAUAACAUCUUCGUGAGUUCCUUGUGCCGAGAUGGGAAACUCAACAAGGCAAUCAGCAUGUUGAAGAUUAUGAUGGAGAAGGGGUUAACUCCCAGUAAAUUUACCUAUGAUCCGUUGAUUUCUGCAUUUUGCAAAGAGGGACGACUAGAUUUGGCCAUUGAUCUUUUGGAUGACAUGAUCUCAAAUGGCUGCUCGCCAGAUAUUGUGAAUUUCAACAACAUCCUUUCUACAAUGUGUAAGAAUGGAAAUGCUGAUCUCGCCAUUGAAGUCUUUGAGAAACUCUGUGAAACGUGUGCUCUGGAUGUUAGUGCUUAUAAUUCAAUGAUAAGUGCUUUAUGGAACAAUGGAGAAAGAACAAAGGCUUUGAAUAUGGUUUCUCAAAUGAUAGACCGAGGGAUUGAACCCAAUAUGAUUACAUAUAAUGCACUGAUAUCUUGUUUAUGCAGAGGUGCAAUGGUGGAUGAGGCUCUGGAGCUGUUAAAAGAUAUGGAAAGUUGUGGUUUUCCACCUUCAGUAAUUGCUUACAAUGGUGUUUUUCUUGGGUUGUGCAAAACUCAUAGAUUUGAUGAGGCAAUUGAUGUGUUGGAAGAAAUGAUUGGAAAGGGCUGUCUGCCAACUGUAACUGCUUACAUGCGAUUUAUUCAAGGCAUUGGUUCUCAAGGAUGGAGAGUUGAGGCAAUUGAGCUGGCAACAAUUCUUUUCCAAAUGAAUGUUAUUUCGAAGAAAUCACUCCUUAGUUUGAAAAUGGCCUUUCCCAUUCUUGAUACUCAUUUUCUCUCGAUAUCACGCCUCACAAAUCUAAACUUGCCUCCACAGUCCAGCCUCACACAUCUUCCCGUAUUGUCACCUUCAUCCAAUCAGACAUCAAGAAACACUAACCCCAUGACAGUUUCCUUCUCUAAUCACCUCUUCCCUCGCACUCCUCUCUUCUUCAAGAAACUCGAACCCACUCCAAAUCUUAACCGCAGCACCUCUGCAGUGAAAUGCAGAACCCAUGAAUUUAGGAACCGAAACCCUAUACAAAGACUCGAGCUUUCUACCCAGAACAGAAAUACCCUAUCGCAGCGAAACGAUUUCAAAGAAGCCGACAUUAAGAGAGCGCUGUAUAGGUCCUGCGGGGCAGGGAAAUAUGGCGAAGCUCUGUAUCAUCUCGAAUCCAUGGUAAAAAUCGGGUACAAACCCGACGUGGUUCUCUGUACAAAGCUCAUCAAGGGGCUUUUUAGGGUUAAGAAAGCUGAGAAGGCAGUGAAAGUGAUGCAGAUUCUGGAGCAAUUUGGGGAGCCAAAUGCUGUUACAUAUAAUGUUUUGAUUAGUGGAUUUUGUAAACUGAAUAGGGUUGAGGAAGCUAACAGGAUGUUGAAUAGGAUGAGAAUCCGAGGUUUUGUCCCUGAUGUUGUCACCUAUAAUAUAUUGAUUGGGAGUAUUUGUGGGAGGGGGAAAUUAGGGUUAGCUUUGAAGGUUUUGGAUCAGAUGAAGGAAGACAACAAUUGUAAACCUAGUGUUGUGACAUACAAUAUCUUGAUGGAGGCUACACUGAUUAAAGGUGGGAUUGGUGGAGCAAUGAAGCUCCUAGAUGAGAUGUUGUCUAGAGGGCUUAGACCAACUAUAUAUACUUAUCAUGUAAUCCUUAAAGGGUUGUGUAGAGAAGGCAUGAUGGAUGAGGCGUUUGACUUCAUUCGGAGUUUGCCAGCUAAUGGCUGCAAACCGGUUGUGAUUUCGUAUAACAUUUUGUUGAAGGCAUUGUUGGACAGGGGGAAUUGGCACGAUAGGGAGAAGGUUUUGAGGGAGAUGUUGUCUGCGGGUUGUGAUCCGAAUUUGGUUACCUAUAGCAUCUUCAUGAUGUCGUUGUGUCGAGAUGGGAGGCUAAACGAGGCAGUUCGUUUGUUGAGGAUUAUGAUGGACAAAGGGUUAACCCCCAAUACGUUUUCCUAUAAUCCAUUGAUUUCUGCGUUUUGCAAGGAGGGGAGGCUAGAUUUGGCCAUUGAUGUGUUGGAUGACAUGAUUUCGAAUGGCUGCUCACCCAACAUGGUGAACUACAAUACCAUCCUUUCUACAAUGUGUAAAAACGGGAAUGCUGAUCUCGCCAUUGACAUCUUCGAGAAGCUCUAUGAAACGGGCUGCCCCCUAAACGUGUGCUCUUAUAAUUCCAUGACGGUUGCUUUGUGGAACAACGGAGAAAGAACUAAGGCUCUGAAUGUGGUCUGUCAAAUGAUACGCAAGGGGAUUGAACCCGACAGGAUUACAUAUAGUACGCUGAUAUCUUGUUUAAUCAAAGACGAGAUGGUGGAUGAGGCCAUGGCGCUGUUGAAAGAGAUGGAAAGACGCGGUUUUCCAUCUACAGUCUACAUUUACAACACCGUUCUGCUUGGGCUGUGCAAAUCUCGUAGACUAGACGAGGCAAUUGAUAUCCUAGAAGAAAUGACUGUAAAGCGCUGCCAGCCAAACGUAAAUACUUACAUUAUACUAGUUAAAGGCAUUGGUUUUCAAGGAUGGAUAAACGAGGCCAUAGAGCUGGCAACCACGCUUCUCCACAUGAAUGUUAUUUCGAAGAAAUCAAUGUCUCGGAUGAGCUUUACCUUCAAUGAUGCUUAGAAUUUAGAAACCUUUUGUUUCAAGAUCGAAUGGAAAACGAGAGGUUUCAUUCUUCUUCUGUAAUGGUGGUUGGAGAUUUGUGAGUGAUUGUCUUUGUUUUGAUAUCUCAAGAGUUUUGAUUCUCCAAGGAUGCCAAAUAUGUUGUUCACCAAAACCUCUCUUGUUUUGUAGAAUGCAGAAGAUAUUGAGAUGCAUUUCUGUUGAUAAAGAGCAGCAAAAAAGCUUUGAAUUUCUUGUUUUGUGAUUAGCUCCAAUGCAAUAUUUGCUCUUCUCCUUA